GCUGUUCAUCAUUGCACUGAUUCUGAUCCCAAGGAAGAGGAUCCUGAGUCUAAAGAGGCUGCAAAACUUGGAAAACUUCACUAUACCCUUGAUUACAACUUCACUGACAGCGCGUUAAUUGUAGGUGUGAUUGAGGCAGAAGGUCUUGCUGCUAUGGAUAUGAGCGGCACUUCGGAUCCAUAUGUGAAAGUCUACAUCCUCCCUGACAAGAAGAAAAAGUUUGAGACUAAAGUUCACCGCAAAACACUAGAUCCAACUUUUAAUGAGCACUUCACCUUUAAGGUUCCAUAUGCAGAGCUCGGAGGAAAGACGCUGGUCAUGACAGUGUAUGACUUUGACCGGUUCUCCAAACAUGAUGCUAUUGGGGAUGCAAGGGUGCAGAUGAAUAAGGUGGAUUUCAGUCAUCUAACAGAGGAGUGGAGAGAUCUGCAGAAAGCUGAGAAAGAGGAG